UUUCUUCACACGCGUAACAAGUUUGUGGCAGAGAAAUAACACAAAAAACGCUGCGCAUCUUCGGGAGUUAGCAGGGAAUUGUUGUUUUAACUAAAUUAAGCUACUUAAAGUCCUCGACUGUUUGUGUUUGUGUUAGCUAGCCAACAUCGGCUAGCUAGCUCCCGUGCUAUGUAUGUAGUUAGCAUCAGCGUUUCAGAAGUUAAUACCUCAGAUCAAACACGUUAAUUGUGACUUGGUACCCGUUUAAUAAGAGCUGAGUGACUUUAAUAUUUUAAGGAACAUGUACAUAUUGUUCGUCAUUCAGUAUCAGAAGCGGUUUAGCUAGCAGCAUUAGCUAGUUAACGGUCACUCGGCUGCUAACGAGAAGCUAAUAGUAGUUACACUAUUAACGUCGUUAUCGGUAAAUGUAGCAGCGUCGCUAUUUCACCGGUGACUGCUGUGUGGUUUACGGGAACUGGUUAUUGUAUGAGAGAGUGGCGUUAUUAUUGCAAGAUAAAAUAAAGUUGACCACAAAGUUGUAGUUCAGGAUGGACAGCCGUUAACAGGUUAGAUGUAGAAACACACUGGAGGUUAAGCCGCUGUUACUCUUCACGAGCCGCUUCUGAAUCAGUUAGACACGCGUUGCCUUUUUAACUAACCUCGGUUGUCGACAGGCGUUUCACAUACUACGAGUUGCAUUUUAUUGACUUCUCUGUUUGAGUCAGGCCCAUGGCGUUAUUGUCUUAACGCCAUGUGUUAACCAGACACCUGUAGUGAUCCGGUGGCAUUGGCAUGAUCUAAAAUCAAUAUGCUCUCUUAUUGUUUACAGUGGAAACGAAGUUUUCAAUCUGACCGGCACAACGGACUCAGUUCUCCAGGUGAAACUAAGUGGACAACAUUAAAAGGCCUCCAUUGGACUUGGAUUUGUUCUUCUCUGUGCCAGGUUCAGACUGCACGGUCUAUGGCUCUGAUGGACAAACACAAACAAGUCAAGCGGCAGAGACUUGACCGCAUUUGUGAGGGUAUCCGACCCCCCAUCCUGAACGGGCCAAUGCACCCUCGGCCCCUGGUUGCCCUGCUGGACGGGCGCGACUGCACUGUGGAAAUGCCCAUCCUCAAAGAUGUGGCCACAGUGGCCUUCUGCGAUGCCCAGUCCACACAAGAGAUUCAUGAGAAGGUGCUCAAUGAGGCAGUUGCUGCCCUGCUCUACCACACCAUCACUCUGUCCAGAGAUGACUUGGAAAAGUUUAAAGGCCUUCGUGUUAUUGUCAGAAUUGGCUCGGGCUUCGACAACGUUGACAUCAAAGCAGCAGCCGAGCUAGGCAUUGCAGUCUGUAACGUGCCAGCAUCGUCUGUGGAGGAGACAGCCGACACUUCGCUAUGUCUGAUCCUCAACCUGUACAGGCGAGUCACCUGGAUGCACCAGGCCCUCAGGGAGGGAACCCGUGCCUCCAGUGUGGAGCAGAUCAGGGAGGUAGCUGGUGGUGCUGCUCGAAUCCGGGGUGAAACGCUGGGCAUUAUCGGUCUGGGGCGUGUUGGCCAAGCAGUGGCUCUGCGGUCUAAGGCCUUUGGAUUUGGCGUGAUUUUUUAUGACCCGUACCUGCCUGAUGGUGUGGAGCGUUCACUGGGCCUGCAGCGCAUGUCCACUCUGCAGGACCUGCUUAUCCACUCUGACUGCGUCUCCCUGCACUGCAGCCUCAACGAGCACAACCACCACCUCAUUAAUGACUUCACCAUCAAACAGAUGCGUCAGGGAGCCUUCCUGGUGAACACGUCAAGAGGCGGUCUGGUUGACGAGAAAGCACUGGCUCAGGCCUUGAAGGAGGGCCGGAUACGAGGGGCUGCCCUGGACGUCCAUGAGACGGAACCUUUCAGUUUUUCAACAGGCCCUCUGAAGGAUGCCCCCAAUUUAAUCUGCACCCCGCACACAUCCUGGUACAGCGAGCAGGCCUCCGUAGAGGCUCGCGAGGAGGCGGCCAGGGAGGUUCGCCGCGCCAUCACUGGGCGAAUCCCCGAUAGUCUGAAGAACUGCGUUAAUAAGGAGUAUCUGAUGGCAGCCUCUCAGUGGCCCAGUAUGGAGGCAGCCACUGUUCACCCAGAACUUAAUGGAGCCACUUACAGAUUUCCUCCAGGUCUGAUCAAUGUUGCAAUAGCAGGGGGUCUCCCAGGAGCUGGUGUAGGGGUUGAAAGCCUCGUUACAGGAACCCUGCCACACGGCAUCACCCCUGUCUCCCACCCCCCUCAUGCCCCGUCCCCUAAUAAGGCUGAAGCCGACAGAGACAUCCCCUCUGACCAAUAGCCCCCCUGCUGCCACCGGCACAUUCCGUCACCUCUGGAAACCCCCACCUCCCAGCACCAGACACAGCCCGCCCCUCCAGUACAUCGGCAGCGCCAGUUUGACCUGAUGUGGAUCUACCCAGUCUUGUUCCUCAGAUCACAUAACCAGCCCAGGAGUGACCUAGCCACAGCUAGCCCCAUCCCAUCCACACCCUCAGAACACACACACACACACACACACACAUCCCUCCAUCCCUGUCAUCGUCUCACCCACCCACCUGCCAUCCCCCUCUCCCUUUCACUCCCCUACAAUGUCAGCAAUAACUGUGUUCUCAAGGAUUCAAUGAUUGGAUUGGUUUAUAUCCUUAGUUGGCUGUUGUUUUAAUGGAAAGUUGCCCCGUUGUGGUUCUAGGUGUUAAUGUUUGUUUGUUUGUUUAAAAAAAAAAAAAAAAAGUGUAAAUGCAAAAUUAUAUAGCAUUUCUGACAUGAGGCUUUACAGUCUACUGCCUCCUGCAGUCCUCCUCUGACCAACUAGUAGAGAGGCACAUAGGCAGAAAGGUUGAAGCCCCCCUUUGUACAUUAAUGGCUCAUGUUACUGCUCUCUUCUUCUUUUUCUCUUUUUUUCUCCCCCCUCCACUUUUGUUGUGAUGUGGGCAAAUGUGUAAACCAGACAGAACCACAAACCGUACAACCUGUGCUCCCCACCAGGCGUCUAGCGGCCCCUCAGCUCUGUUUGGCCCUCAGCUCUCCUUGGCGCUGUCGUCCGCUGGCUCAGCAGAGGGAGCCGCAAUGCAGUCGGUGUGGAGUUCUAUCGGACUGUCACGUUUUUGAAUCUGCUCAGCUCCUACUCCAUAUGGUGAUACCCAACAUCCUUUGCCACCUUUUACUGCUGUGACCGUCUAGUUUUUGGACAGUCAACACUGUAUUUACACAUGCUUUGCCCCUUAUGAAUUGUUUUGUCACGAGACGAUAGCGUUGCAUGAGAGAGCGCCUGGGCAUGAAUUGUAUCUCAUGCUGGAGGUCUUCACAUCAUUUGCCCACAAAGAAUCUAAUGCAGCAGCUUUUUCUGGCUGUAUAAACGAGCAUGCCAGAAGCCUCGCCAGCAGAGGGCGCUGUCUGACUGCUCAGAGCUGUGUGCUGAGAGCGGCACACAGCUACUUCCAGUCACGGUUAGCUGUAGUGAUGAAAAACAUGAUCGCACACUGCCAACAUUCAGAACACAGGACGGGUGACCAGGGAUCGACGACCGCCUUAUUGUUGUAUAAGAUCUCACUGCAUCCCACCACCACCCACUCACCCUCCCUCCACUCUUCUCACACUGUCAUGGCCUACCCUACUCAUCUGCUCAUGAACCAGUAUGCAGCCACCAAUUCCUUUAAGCUUGAGGGAACCCUAAAGUUUAGUUUCCCUGUUGGAGCAAAGGCAUAGUGUUCUUGCAUGCUGGCUUUGUUAAUGACUGGUGUGUGGGGGGGGGAGGUGUGUGUGUGGAUACAUGACUGUGUGUGUGUGGAUACAUGACUGUGUGCGUAUAUGUUCCCUCACCCUGUUAUGAUAACAAGCUAUUGUCUUUCCAAAGGAAUAGUCCCUAGGAGUAACUCUUUAACGCUGUUGCCCUGGUGUCAAGGGAACACCUUUCUAGUACCUCAGUAACAGAUAUUGAAUGUACCGUGCAUACCCUUUUAUUUUUUGUACAGAUUUUCUAGAUACUUCUUUACUGUUUAUCAGAAGGGAUGUGAAAUUGUAGCAGUAAUGAUACAAUAAAAAAACAUUGCCCCAUGAACUGAAUUGACAAAAUCCUUUGAGGUUCGCUAUAGGUCACUGAAUACUCAGGCUUCGAAACCAAUGCGUAUCUUUUUGCCGGUUUCUUUUAUUUCUUCAUUGUGGAAAUGUCAGCACAACGCUUUCCCAUUCUUAGACCUCAGUCAGUCGUUAAUGUGUUUCCACCUCCGUCUUAUUGGCUAUUGAAAAAGAAGAAAAAACUAAUGGCGGUCGUUGUGGUUUGCUAGUUGUUUAAAAAAAAACUAGAGCAGUAGAAGUAGAUGCAGUUUUUUGUUUUGCUUCCCUCUUCAUCGUCAGGCUGCUCUAUCUAUAGUGCAUGUGAGGUAAUUUUUUAGGGGAUAUACUAUUGGCUUAAUGAAUUUGUGUCAUCUUGCUGUUUCCCUCUGCUCCUUGGCCUUUUCCCCCUCAGAGUGUUUUCAACACGCGUUGCCAUUUGUCGUGGUCAGUCUCCAGUGAUGUACAGUUUCCCCUCAGAGUCUAUGAGAGACAUGGAGCAUGUCUGUCCUGAGAUGCUAGGCUCCUCUGUCAUGUGAUGAGUAUAUAUUUUUAAAAAUUUCCCCCAUAGUUCGGAAUAUGAGAAUAAUAGUAAUCUUAAAAUGUUGCUGUUGAUGAUGAUGAUUAUAUAUAUAUAUAUUUUUCAGUUCAGCAGUGCACUGUUAUGAAAAGCAUUCUGUUUUAUUGUAGGAUUAAUCUUUAUGGAUAUGCUGUCUGUUCUACAUGUUGUACUGAAACAUUUCGGAGAAAAAACAAGAGAUCCCUCUACUGGUAAUUUUAAAUUUGUUUUAUUGGUCUUAUCCCAACUGUCUUUUCCAGCUGAUAUCCUCUGGGCCUUACUUAUUCUCUCCCUGUAAAAAUAGCUGUUAUAGAAAGUCGCCAUGGAACCACUCACUGCCUUAAUACAGUGGACCACAGUCGGUAGAGUCAGGAGACGCAUCCAGCUGAAAACAACGGGCCGCAAUCAGGGCUGCUCCGCAGAAAGCUCCUCACACCCUGACGGGCCUGAAUCUGCAGCCAGUUGCAUUUCAUUCUUCACUGAUGAACCUCGUUUCCCAGCGUGACGUCUCGCUGCGCAUUGAUAAGAUGUUAUGAUUUUCUUUUUUUUUACUUUGAACAAGUCAGCCCGGGCCUGUGUUUGUGUGGAGGCUAACAUAAGCACAGUGUGUAUGCUCAUAAAGCCACAGCUGAUAUUUCCCUCUUGGGUGUGAGAAUGCCCCCACCCACCAUCACUGGGGCUCUUAAAGCAUCUUUCACAGUGCUCCCACAGCCCCAGUGGGGCGGGGAGGGGGAGGGCACUGGUGUGGUCUGUCAAAAAAAGCUGAAAAUUACGAUGAGAAUCGGUCACUUUUUCUCUCUCAGGGUUCAAAUGCACACAUAUCCUCCAGCAGUCGCCCUCUUUCUCGUGUCCCAUGUACCAAGUUGUUUGCCCCAGAAUGUAGAACAGCCUCCUGCAUUUUUAGAAACCGCUCUCUCCCUGUUCCCCCUUUGUGCACAGGUCUGAACUUAUUUUUUUCUGAUUUGCUUUCUUUUGGCACUGAUAUCUAACCAUCUAACAAGGAAUGAAUGAAUGAAUGUGUGGAAUUGACUGUAAUGUUAAAUUUGGGAAAUGUAUUUUUACAACAUGUGAACAUUUUUUUCCACUCGGUGUGAAUUGAUUUUUUUUUUUUUCACCAGACUGCAAAAAAAAAAGAAGAAAAAAAAACCUUCUCCUGUAACUAGGCUCUUCAGCUUUAUUUUUGUUUUGUUUACUUUUUUAUUAGAAACAAUCAUGUUUGUGAUGGUAACUUCCGAUGGUAAACUCCACACCGUAUUUUAAUAAAAUCUUAAAAAUUAAA